UUCAUUCGCAGAUCUUCAAAAUGCAGCGUGCGAAACACCGACAAAGAACGAAGAUUGAACGCCAACAUGAUCGAGCGUAGGAGAAUGCAGAACAUUAAUUUGGGGUUCACCAGUUUGAAAAGACUGCUUCCCCCAACAGAGAAAAAGCAAACAAAGGCAGCUAUUUUGCAACAGGCAGUACAGCAUAUCCUUAGACUUCAGCGAACAGUGGUCCAAGUGAGAGAAAAUAACAACAUACUACGAGAAAACUUGGCGGAUGAAAGGAAGCAAAGUCUAUGCUGUAGAAGCCAGUUAGGAAUUUUGCUAAGCGAGAAAUAUACUCGAGAGACUGACCAAGUCUUCUCUCAUAUGGCGCAAACAAAAGGACAAGUGCGAACUCCUCCGCAUGAAGAAUCAAGCGACAGUUCACUAAACCGCUGGCUUUGUUUGCCGUACGGCAACUCAGAAGCUAAUUACAAAGGCCAUUCGGCCGUUGAUCUUCCAAGCAGCCACGAUCCAAGAAGAAAGGAGCUUAACUCUGUGAUGGAGAAGAAAUGUGUAAAUUCAGAUGGAAAAAGAGACCAUGGAAGACGCUUGAACCACUUUGUACGGAUGUCAAGACACUCAGCUCGUGGAGAUGAAUCUGCGCCUUCGAAUCCGGAGGUCAGGGUUGGGUACUUCCCCUCGACACGUGACACUUCAGAUGCAGGAACAUCCGGUCACGGUCCCCGGGGGAACAAUUUGCAUUGCAUUCUCGAUGCAAUAAAUUUCAUUGAAAAAAAGUAA